AUGUAUGCACAGCUGUGCAAGCGUCUCUCCGAGGAAGCGCCAUCAUUUGAAAAGGAACCAAACAAUUCGUGCACAUUUCUACGUCUUCUGAUCGCCGUCUGUCGCGACAAGUUCAACAAUCGUUUGAAGCGUGACGAGACCAACGAUAAUCGUCCGCCACCCGAGAAUGAAGCCGACGAGGAGGAGCGUCGCCAUUUGGCGAAACAGCGAAUGCUGGGCAAUGUCAAGUUUAUCGGUGAGCUCAAUAAAUUGGAUAUGCUAUCGAAGAAUGUGUUGCAUGCCUGCAUUAUGGAGCUAUUGGAUAAGAAAAAGAAACGUACGGCCAGUGCGCAGGAAAUGUGCGAGGACAUGGAAUGCCUGGCUCAAUUGCUCAAGACUUGCGGCAAGAAUUUGGAUUCAGAACAGGGCAAAGAGCUGAUGAACCAGUACUUUGAGACGUUGGAACGUCGUUCAAAGUCUACUGAAUAUCCACCAAGGAUACGCUUUAUGCUAAAGGAUGUUAUCGAGCUCCGACAGAAUCACUGGAUACCCCGCAAAGUGGGCGGCAGCGCCGAAGGACCCGUCCCCAUAAAGCAAAUACGCUCGGACGAUGACUCAAUCAUACGCACCCCAUUUGCCAAUCGCAAUCGCGAUAUGCGCAACAAUGAUCGCGACGGCGAUAGCUGGAUGAAUCGAUUCCAUCUCAAUCUACAGACCGGCGGCUACAAUGACAUGUUCAGUGGCCUCAGUGUCACUGGCUCAUCACCAAUUGUCUCACCAUUUGCCACGAGCAGCAACCGGGACCGGGAUCGUGAUCGCGACAAUCGCCAGUACAACAAUCGCGAUCGUAAUCGUGACCAGGGCGGCAACAGCGGUGGCAACGGCGGCGGCGGCGGUGGCAACUAUAACAAUCGCUAUAACAAGCACAACAAUCAGAAUGGAGGCAACGGCAAUGGUGGCGGCAAUCGUGAUGAAUCUCGCGGUGGUAGCGGCGGUUCUCAUAGGAACAACGAUCGCAACAACGAUGGACAGUAUGGUGGCAAUCAGUUGUUGUUGGGCAGCAAGGAGCUGGCACCGCGUUUCAAGCGCAAUUUGAUAACCACCAAUCAAGAUUCGGUCGAGAAUUUGCAAAUGCGUCCGGCAGCCAACUCAUUACUAUUCCGAGCAGCCUCACAAAAUCAGAAAUUCCCAGCCACACUGCCCAUUUCGACACCGCCCAGCGGCAAUUCAUCAUCGUCAUCGCAGCAGCAGGCGUCGCAGCUAUCCAAUUCGCAUUAUCCGCUAUUGGGCACACCCACAUCACAUCUGAUGACCAAUCCAGCACGCCCAUCGUCCACUCCAUCGGCCGAGUAUGGCGUGGAGAAUCGUGCUUUGCAGAACGCUCAACAGCAGUCAGAGAAGAGCCUCAAGGCGACAUCGUCGUCGCCCAACAUUGGUGCAACCGGACAAACGGCCGUAGAAAACAAUGUGGAAAAGAAGGCGGCAGUUGUUGAGACCAAGGAGCAGCAGGGUAGCUCUAAGAAUGGCUCCGUCGAGAGACCCUCAACACCAUCAAGCUCUGGAGCACUGACUACCACAGGUACUGGCUCAAGCAAGCAGCAAAAGAAGGACAAGGGACCCAGCAAGGAAGAGUUGACCAAGAAAGCUACAGUCUAUUUUAAGGAGAAAUUCUACUAUGAUGAACAAACCGAAGAAGUGUUGCCCGUUGAAGGCGAGACAACCGAACCAAUUGACGGCGAGGCUGCAGAUCAGUUUACACAAUUGGUUGAUGGCUUCCUCGAAUUGAAGUUGCCAGAGAAAUCGUUAAAGGAUGUGUGCCUCAAUUUGUUGAUGGAUGUGCUGGACCGUGUGAACGAUGUUUACUUGGAGCGCAUCGUGCGUUUCCUGCAGACAUUGCGCAAACAGUCCAAUAUCAAGCCUAAUGUCAUUGUUGAGAUCUUCAAGCAGCUGGUGAACAAAAUGAAUGAACGAGAGGCGCUCAAUCCACGUAUCACAGCCCUAGUGGCGUCUGUGUUGGCGAAAACAGUUUGUGAGCCGGCACUGAUCAAGCUAAGUGACAUUUCCAAUUAUACCGACAAUGGACAACAUUAUCCAUUGUUCCUUUUGGUGCUUCAGCAGCUCCACAAAACAAUUGGCAAGGAUGCAUUGGAAGAGAAGUUCCGUGCUAGCAAAAUUGAUUUGAUGAACAGCUUGCAGGAGGUGGACCGCAACAAGGAGCGGUUGGCUGAAAUACUUGAGGAUCGACAGCUUUCGUUCCUUUAUCCAUUGCUCAAAGUACAGGCCGAGAUGUUGAAGCAGCUGCAAAGCGAUCCCAAUCCAACAAAUUUCUACAAAUGGAUAAAGGCUAAUGUCGACAACAAAUACUACAAGGACCCGGGUUUCAUACAAGCCCUAAUGACCGUUGUGGUCAAGUACAUCACCAAGGAGACGACUCUGGCCAGCAACUUGGAUCCAAAGGAACACCCCGAAAAGUCGAUCACACAAAAGGAACAGGCCAUGCUCGAAACCUACAGCCAAAUGCUGCAGACUUUCCUCAGUCAAAACGAAUUGCAAUUGAUGGCACUUUAUGCCCUGCAACUCUUCUGCUAUAAUGAAAGUUUCCCCAAAGGCAUGCUCUGCCGUUGGUUUAAAUAUUUGUACGAUUCCGAAAUUAUCGAGGAGGAGGCAUUCGUUUUAUGGAAGGAGGAGAUUUCUGACAAAUAUCCAGGCAAAGGGUCAGCAUUAUUCCAAGUGAAUGCCUGGUUGACUUGGCUACAGGAAGCCGAAUCUGAAGACGACGAGGAUUAAAUACCCCAAAUGCAUAACCACUAUAUAUGUAUAUCACUUCUAUAUUUAUUCGCAAACCAGCAAAAAAAGUAAAAAACAUAAAAAAUACUAAAAAAAAAAAAAAAAUUCAAAACAAAAAUAAGCUUAUAAAAGAACAAAAAAAACAACACAUUACUACAUUACAACAGAUGAAAGUUGAAA